AUGGAGGACACGGUGAAGGAAGGUUUGCUUUACAUGCAGCAGAAUAAGUUUCGGAAGAAAUGGAAAAGAGUUUGGCUCUUCCUGUAUUCUCAGAGCAACCAGUCCCUUGCUCGCCUAGAGUACUUUGAGUUCAAAGAGGGCUCAUUUUUAUCAGAUAAGCACACCACCAGAAGGAUGGACAGAAAGAUGAUCCGAAUGACGGACUGUGUAAGGAUAGUUGAGAUCGCUGAGUACUCUUCCAAGGAUUCAAGCGCCUUUUCGGUGGAGACGACCACAAAGGUUUAUACAUUUUCAACUGGAAAAUCGGACUGCAUGGAAUGGGUACAGAAACUCUCAGAGGUUGCAUUUCAGCCUUCUCAAGAGGAUUCAGACGAUAUAGCCGUGCGAAUGAAAGAAAAUGAGCUCUACAGUUCACACGAAGGAGACAUUGAGGGAAAGGUUGUUGUUUUGGCAUCAGGUUAA